GAAACAUUUCCAGUUGAGUUUUCCUCGUUUGUCAGUUGUCCCAGGAGCAGCAGUUAUAAACGGCGCGAAAGCGGGGACGAGGAGGGACGGCGAGUGUCACUCGCAGAUAUGGAGAGAAACAAAUAAUUGUGUUUAUUUAGUUUUCAGCUUUGAAGUCGGACGCGGCGACACAUCCGGACUUCGGGUGAACAGCCCCACAAGGCAGUAAAUAGACGAUUGUCGGCUGACAAGAGGCACACUAAUUUUUUUCGCCGAUCCCGAGUUUCGCGUCGUGCCGAGUGGACCAAUUUGCUCGGCAGAAGAAUGAAGGGUGCCGCAUUGGAAGCGCGUGCGCGCCGCCUCUCAGGCCGAAUUCACCCUCGCGAGCUCUCAGUCGACCCACUGCUCUUUGUGCCCACGGGGAAAAUUCCGCACAGCUAAAGGAUACAGAUCUGACUCCCCAAGCAGGAUACCAAGAAUGGCGGAGGAGGCGAAUGCGAGCGUCGACCCUCUGACCGUGAACACCACAUGGCCCGACGAUCCGCACAGCUCAAAAUCAGAGGCGACCAUCCCAGAGGCGUUCAUCCGAACGUUCUACCUGUACACCAUCCCGCCGAUGCUGUUUCUCUGCCUGGUCACUUUCAUCGUCAACUCGGUGAUUGUGGCGUCGUCGCGGUGGAUCCGGCGGCCGCUGUCACCCACCAUCUCCAUCUCGAUUAGCUUGGCGAUGGCUGACGCGUACGCGUCGCUCGUGGUCGCCGUCGGGCUGGUCAUCAACAGCCUGUUGCCGGUCGGCUUUCGGGUGUCGCUGGGCGAUAACGUCAUCUGCUACGCACUGGCGCUCGAGGCCUUCCGUCUCGGCGGCAUCAUCUCGUCCAUCGCACACCUGACGGCGCUGGCCGUCAACCACUACAUCGGCAUCCUGCGCCCACUGCACUACGCGUCCACCAUGACGCCGCGCACCACCUCGGUGGUGAUCUUGCUGCUCUGGGUGCUGCCGAUCGCUUUCUUCUUCAUCUACUUCAGCUCGAUGCCAGACAUGGGCUUCCGCUCUCCGCACUGCGCCUACACCUUCAUCCUCUACAAGAAGUUUCGAUACGUCGUCUUCUCCAUGUUCUUCACGCCGCUGCUCAUAAUGGGUGCCAUCUACUGCCACAUUUUUAUCAUCGUCAGACGACACCAGGCAAGCCGGCGUCGUUUCCAGAACUCGAAUCAGCUGGCACGGAGCGUGAAAGCGGUGAAGACAACGGUAAUGAUCAUGGGCACGUACGUGGUAGGCUGGAUGCCGGCCGUGCUGGUCUUUUGUCUCGUGUGCGCCGACUGCGUGUACCACUUUGACACGGCCAGCCGCGUCACAAUGCUGUACAUCUACACCACCAUCAACUUCCUAUACAUUCUGAAGACGCUGGUCGACCCCAUCAUCUACGCAGCACGCAUGCACGAGAUCAAGCUUGCGCUGCGCAAGAUGCGUCAGAGCGCGUGCGGUGGCGCCGACAGCGACUCGACCAGGCCCAGCAGCGAGCUGUCGCAGCAGCGCGUCUCGACGUACGCGUCGCGCCGCGCGCCCGAACGCAUCGCGCUCGCCACAAACGGCAGCUUUGGCAGCACCAAAUUGGCGCCGAGCAGCUCCGGCCGCGCCACGACCAUUGUGCCGAGCAAGUCGACCUUCAGGUCUACCGACGAUAACAAUAGUUCCAUUGUGUAACUCGCAUGCUCUGAUGCAGCUUGAUUAAGACUUUUGGAAUUGAGUGAAAAUCGAACUUGAGCCGAAAAUGUUCUCACAUGUGUUCCAAACGAAACGCAGCCGGAAAAAAUCAAUGGUAAAUUGAAGUUUCAUAGCAUUUAUAUUGUUUGAAAUGCUCUGACUGAGGUACUGUAUCAAGCACGGCAAUUUAGAAAAUAGUUUACCCUCUGUUAUUUCAUUUCACGUUCAUCAGGUUUCCUUUAUCGCUGUAUUGUGGUUUUCAAUGCUGUUCAUCGUUAAACUAUUAAUAAAUUACGAUGUCUUGAUCUGCUGUUAUAAAUGUGACGCUUCUAUGUUAAGCCAAAAUAUUAAAAAAAUAUAGGGAUUAUUUAAAAAAAAAAAAACGUGUGAAAUCGGAGUGGUGUCUAGGACCCUAGUGGGGACCGACGAAGAUGUCCUUCUAAUAUUUGAUCUCUUUUAACGUUGAUGGCAUCCAAAGAGCCAAACGUAUUUUGCUAAAUAGAAAUUAGAUGGAAGUUAAACAAUUUACUGUGUUUUAGAGCGGCGAAACUGGUUUUACCUAAAACAUGUCAUUCGUGGAGUGCCAAAAUUAAUACUCUUGGAGUUGAAAUCAGUUGUCACACUAGACAUUAAAACUCUUAAAAUGGGUAUCAGAGACUCUUUUGUUUAGAUAUAUGUAAAAAAUGUACCACAAAGAAUGUAUUUCAGGUACAGCGCUUGGAUUAUAAAUUUUUCUCUGCGCGUGUGCUUACUCUGUGCUGUUUGGUCUUGGCUGCAAAAUGUUUUUGGCAGCAAGAGGUUAACUGUGUAAACUCCUACGUGAAUAGGACGGGAUGAACCUGCUUAGCAAACCGUAAGUAUUCGAGUGCUUUCUUCCAAAAACAAUUAAUUUUUUCUGCCAACCGAAAACAUCAGAAAAGAGUCUUACAGAUUAUCAUUUCCUCUGGGACGUGAGCGAUUGAGAUUUUGAUGAUUCUUUUGAGCCUCACAAAAAAGACAACAAAGUAAUUACCAGUUGGUUAACAUUUAGACUGUUUUUGUCAUACAUUGAAAAUAUCAAGAAAUUAAUGGUGAAUGUUUUUUGUCUGGAUUUUUCUCUACAAACGUUCAACGUAUAAAUAUGUUUGGUUCAAUAUUCAAACGACUAGAGACAAAGAGGAAACAAUUUUUUUGUGCAAUUUACGCUCGCCUCAGUAGGGUGUUUGUUUUGGGCAAAAUCAGGCGACUUGUUUUUACUGCCGCAAAAUCAGUAAAAUAAAAUUUAAUUUGAUUCAACUCACAAUCAGUUUUUUUUUUCAAACAAGCCAUUCAUUAUAGAGGAAGUAAGUUUUUAACGUCAUGACGCAUAGAUGUUUAUCCUCUCUCUCUCAAAUCUCGAAUAAUGGUUGAUAGGCUUCAUUUUAACCAGUGCCACCAAAACGAAAUCAAUAAUUUUCUCGUCAACGCAGCGUUGUGGAAUGAAAAAAAAAUAAGAUUUUCACCUUAUUUCGUUUAAAGGUAAUCAUCAUUUGCGCUGUUAAUAUGCAGCGUUGACCAAGCUCAUUUUUUUUAAUUCAGUUGCAAAAUGUAAACCUCCCUGUUUUGUCACAACAAUAAAUCGUUCAAGCGUAUCGUCUGAUUUUU